UUAAAACAUCGCAUUAGUUAUAUUAUUAGCUGUUUGUGUUGUUCUGUUCAAGAAGUCUAUCAAAGUAACGAGUCAGGCAGUCAACCACAAAGAGGAAACAGCGCCAUCACAGACAUCUGUAUCAGAGGAGAAACGGCCGAUAACUUCUGCCUGCUGACAGAGAAUGACUCCACUGGAAUUAAUUCUUAUUUUGGUGCUUCAGUUUGAAGGCAUCAGUGGAGUCAUCCAUUUCUACUACAAACCUGGAGACGAUGCCAUUCUGUCCUGUGAUGGUGUUUCAUCCUCUGACAGAGUUUGUUCCAGAGUUAACUGGCUUUACAACAGAGAUCUGUCUCAGACAUUUGAUCUGGUCCAGAAUGGAAAUGUUGUUAAGAACUCACAAGCCCGAGCUGCCAGGAUGAGUCUGGACACUAACUGCUCUCUGGUCAUCAACAUCACUGCUGAGGAUGCUGGUUACUACACCUGUCGACUGAGUUCUAAACUGGACAGUGCUGUGCUUCUAAGUAUUAUCACAAUCUUGCCAUCUCCACCAGAUGCUGAUCCAAAGACAGACGGAAAUGUCACAUUAGAGUGUUCUCUGCUGAGAUUCAGAAGCCUUGGUUGUCGACCGAACAGCAUCCGCUGGGUGAAUGAAACAGGCACUGUGCUGCUUGGUGAAGGUGUCGGAUACGAGUUCAUGGGACAGACAAACUGUGUUUCUGUUCUGACUGUGAAGCGUCAGAGUGGCCACAACAGGAGAUACACCUGCCAGGUGGUCGAGAGGAAUAAAGUCCAGAUAGAGGCUCACUACACACCUGACUUCACAGAAGGGACAAGUGAUGAUGAGCCAGACAAGUCCAAUACAGAUUGGUCUCCUCUGGAUUACGCCAUGUUGACUCUGCGUAUUGCAGGACUUCUCCUGAUUACUGUAAUUGUUGUUCUUCUCAUCAAAGGCAGAGGGAACAAAACACCACCUGAUGAAAACAAUGUGCAUGACGAUGGCGAUGAAGUCAAUUAUGAAAAUGUAGAAGCAACUUCUGCUGCUACCUGACUGCACUGAUCAACAACCUUAAUAUCAACGCAAAAAAAGUAAAAUGUCGUUUUACAUGAGUGAUCAAAGCUUUGAGAUAAAAUGAGAGUUUGGGAUAUUUUUUACAUUUACAACAUAGAUUUAAGUGCUUGCAAUUAAAAAAAAACAACUUAUGUUGACAAACCAACAAGGAAUUAAAACCAGCUCUGCAGCUUUACUGAGCUUUUUGUCUCUUUCAGCUCAUAGUUUUAGUUUCAGGUACAUUUAGUUUCAGGUUCAGUCUUAGAGCUCUCAUGAACCUUCUUUCCAGCAGCAGCAGCAGCUGUUUUCAGCAAAAAAAACUCAGAUAAACCAACUGUACACUACCUGCCCUGUACCAAACAGCUGGCAGACAAAGUUAGUGACUAGCUGAUGAAGAAAGUGGAGCAUUUAGCAGCCAAAGAGCCAGAUAUGUUUCUCAGGAGAUGGUAAAGACCAAACCAGAGCUAAAAUGAGAGUUAAUAUUGAACUUAAAUUGAUCAGGUGACAGAAAGACUCCAAUGGGAUGAUAUUGUUGUUCUGUGUCUGCUGGAAGUGUAAA